AUGAGGGCCAAGCACCUUGGUCCCCAGAACCCAAGGUGUGCGAUUAUGACCUUCCGCCCAACCACGGAAGAAUUCCAAGAUUUCAACAAAUACAUAGCCUAUAUGGAAUCCCAAGGUGCACACCGAGCGGGCCUGGCCAAGGUAAUCCCACCCAAAGGCUGGAAAGCCAGGCAGACCUACGAUGACAUCGAUGACAUCUUAAUAGCCACUCCCCUCCAGCAGGUGGUCACUGGCAAGGCAGGUGUGUUUACUCAAUACCACAGAAAGAAGAAGGCCAUGACCGUGAGCGAGUAUCGCCGCUUAACCAACAGCGACAGAUACCAGACUCCGCUGUACUAUGAUUUUGAUGAUCUGGAGCGCAAAUACUGGAAAACACGCCUCUAUGAUUCCCCGAUCUACGGCGCGGACAUCAGUGGCUCCUUAUUUGAUGAAAACACCAAAGAGUGGAACCUGGGUCACCUGGGAACCACUCAGGACCUGCUGGAGCAGGAGUGCGGAGUGGUCAUCGAAGGCGUCAACAGCCCCUACCUGUACUUCGGCAUGUGGAAGACCGCCUUCGCCUGGCACACGGAGGACAUGGACCUGUACAGCAUCAACUUCCUGCACUUCGGGGAGCCCAAGACCUGGUACGCGGUGCCCCCGGAGCACGGCCGGCGCCUGGAACGCCUGGCCAAGGAGCUGUUCCCGGGCAGCUCGCGGGGCUGCGGGGCCUUCCUGCGGCACAAGGUGGCUCUGAUCUCGCCCACGGUCCUCAAGGACAACGGCAUCCCGUUCGGCCGGGUCACUCAGGAGGCUGGCGAGUUCAUGGUGACGUUCCCCUAUGGCUACCACUCUGGCUUCAACCACGGCUUCAACUGUGCGGAAGCCAUCAAUUUCGCCACCCCGCGCUGGAUCGACUAUGGCAAAGUGGCCUCGCAGUGCAGCUGCGGGGAGGCGCGGGUGUCCUUCUCCAUGGACGCGUUCGUGCGCAUCCUGCAGCCCGAGCGCUAUGAGCUGUGGAAACGCGGGCAGGACCGGGCGGUGGUGGACCACACGGGGCCCACGGCGCCUGGCGGCCAGGGCCUGAGCACCUGGAGGGACGUCCGUGUGCCGGCCGAUGCCGUACUGGGGCUGAAGCAGCGCCAGCGCCCCCGCGCCCCAUCGAGAUUUGUGGUCCUGGGUAAUGGGACCUGCCGGAGUGCCCCUGUGUGUCCGGAGUCUCCGGGCCCCUCGCUGGCUUGGGGUUCUUCUGUCGCCCACCUCAGGCCUCCAUCCACCAGCAACUCCACGGAGCCUGGCCUGACCCUGCCGCCUACCCCAGGUCCAUCCAUCCCUGAUCUCCAACCAACAGGCAGAUGUGGUCCUACUCGGCGUCCACGGGAACAGGGGAUUCGUGAGCCGACUGUCGGAGCCCGGGCUAAGAGGCGCCUUUUGGACCUUGAGGCUCAGUGCCUCCUUGCCAGUGAGCCCUUGAUACACAAGACUUCACCGCGGAACUCUAGUCGCCAGCAUCUUGCCAAAGCUUCUGGGUGCUGCUGUGCCCCUGAUCUUCAACCCUUGGGACCCCCAUUGGAUCCAGAAAAUCCUAUGCACCCUGGCCCGUGCCUCACAUCCUUGGACAGUAUUACAGCCAGUUUCCUUGACAGCAUCCCUCUGAUUCCUCCCAAAGUCACUGCGACUGAGAGAAUGUUCCCCAGAGACCCAGUUGAGGACUGCAGGGCUCCUGUGAACCUCUGUGAGGUUAUAAGUUUGGAGCACUCUUAUGCCUGUAGAAACCAGGUCCCAGAUGCCGAGACCAGAAUCUCCCACAUCCCUGGCUGUGAUUCCCUGGAGCUAAAACUAGAGGUAGCUGCCUCUCUUGAGUCCUGUAAUGGGUUCUCCACCAAUGGAUGCUCUUCAAUCUAUGAGCCCAUGAUGACUGAAGAAUUUGCCAAAUAUGUCUUUAUCUGA